GUUUAAAGUAUUAGGCCAUGGAAAAACUUGCUACUGUAGUUCUGUUUAUGCCUUUUGGCAUGUUAUUCUGUCUCACAGGCAUUCUCAUUACUAUCAUCCAAGCAGCUUGCUUCCUCAUUAUAUGGCCUCUCUCAAGAAAUACAUACAGAAGGAUCGUCGGGGCGGUGACCGAAAUAUUAUUCUUGGAGAUGGUAUUUUUGGUGGAUUGGUUGGCAGGUCUUGAGGUUCGCCUCCAUACGGAUUUAGAAACUUAUGAGCUGAUCGGCAAAGAGAAUGCGCUUGUAAUGCCUAAUCACAUCUGCGAUGCUGAUGUCCUCAUUAUGUGGCUUUUAGCCGAGCGCUUUAACUGUCUCCGCGGUGCUCUAAUGGUCAUGAAGAAAUCUUCAAAAUACCUUCCCAUUUAUGGAUGGGCAAAUUGGUUUAAUGGAGCCGUUUUCUUGGAUAGAAAUUGGGCCAAAGAUGAAGGCAAAUUGAAGUCAAGUUUUCAAGAGCUUAAGGAUUUCCCUGGUUCUUUUUGGUUGACUAUCUUCGUGGAAGGGACUCGCAUCACCCCAGAUAAACUUCUAGCAGCUCAAGAAUUCGCCAUUUCAAAAGGAUUGCCAGUUCCUAAGAACGUGCUGAUUCCUCGCACCAAGGGCUUUGUUUCGGCUGUACAGUACAUGCGUCCAUUCGUUUCAGCAGUUUAUGAUGUUACUGUUGCUGUGCCAGAAGGUCAUCCAAUCCCUUCUGUGAAGAGAUUCUUUAAGAGGCAACCUUCUGUUGUGCAUUUCCACAUAAAACGCUAUGCAACGAAGGGAUUGCCCGAAUCAGAUGAAGGCGUUGCUCAAUGGUGUAAAGAUAGAUUUGUGGUCAAGGAUGCAAUGUUGGAAGAGUUUCGAGCCAAUGACACAUUUGAAGGAAAAGAAAUUAGAGAUUUUCGAAUUCGACAGAAGAAGUCAUUGAUUGUUGCCACCUUUCUUUCUUGCACCUGUUUCAUCGGAGCAAUCAUGUUCAUUCAAAGGUUUUCACUCCUGUCAAAUUGGAAAGGAAUCUCCUCGUUAGCAUUUGCAGUGGCCUUUGAUGCAAUCCUAAUGUAUACUUUCAUCGAGUAUACAAAAUUGCCGGAGCAGGGAAAAGUACAGGCAACAAACGGCCAAGUAGUCAAGCUUCAUUAA